CAAACACCGUGUCUUCCUCCACUUGUGGUCAGUGUCUUUAUAAGAGCUCACAACUCAUUCCUCGGAUUAGCUGCAAAGGGCUCACCUUUAUCCCUCGACCUCGUGUACCGCCAGUUUUUGGGGCUUGUGGUCUGCAGUACUUCCUCAGGAGUCAUCAGGGCAAGGCCACUCUCGGCGGUUUCGAAAUCUCAACAAUGGCAGAGGCAGCAAACUCGGAGCCAGUCACCGCACCAGAUGCAGGACCCAACGAGGAACGAAUUGAAGAAGCACCGGAAGUGAUUGAGGAGUGGACGUCUGCUGGGGUCGCCGAAUUCGAAAAGUCCAAGGUUGUGAAGAGACUUGCCAGUGUCUACACAGGAUUAAGAGACUGCAACGCUGUAAGUCGAAAACUAGCACCCCAUUUUGAAGAACAGACAAAGAGUGUGUAUAAACAGAUCGCAAAAACUGGAUUCGGCAAAAUAGCCGACGAUUCUCUGGGUUGUGUGGGUGCAGCCAUUGUCAAAGCUGAAAACAAGGUUGAAGAAAUAAGAAAGGGUGACCAGUCCUGGCCUGUGGCUGUGUUCUGGAUUAGUUUCCACCUGUUCUUCCGCUUCUCCCCGCCCUUCCUGGUGACAAGAUGGAGUGUCCAGCUGUGCCUAAUUGUCUCCCAGGUCAUCCUUGCCUUGUUGAAGGAUUUAGUCCGCAUUCCUAUAAAGAAGAAAUUGGUGGCGGCUACAGAAAAGCUUGUAAAACCAGCUAAUCCAAGUACAGCUGGAAAGGAAGUAGAGAAAGUAGCUGAAUCUCAGAACGAAACCGCAUCACGGAACGAAACAGCAUCACAAUCUAAAGGCAUAUUCUACAGAUUCUUCGAUUUCGUCGCCAGUACAGUCUUUGAUAUCAUAGAGUACUUCUUACAAAUGGCGUAUAGCAUCUUUUACUUGGUGGACGUGUUCUUCUUGAUCCCCUAUAUGACUUACCAGGUACUAUUCCUCGCUUGGGUGAAUGAAGUUCUGCACCAGCUGGCAGGACUGGACUCGAGCCCCACUGAAGAAGAGAAGAAAAAGAAAACCAGUCUCCUCAAGAAGCUGACCAGCAGGAACACGAUAUCGACGCCUUUCGGGACUUCUCUCUUUGCAUGUAAACCGGUAGAGAAAGAACGGGACAGGCCAAUUCGCAUCUCCCAGCACAGCUGGCUUGCCGAUAAAGCUCUUGAGUUUGGAAUAAUUUCUCUGGAGAAAUUCAAUACGCUGGUGAGAAUUGCGAGGAUGUUUGGCUUAAAACGACCCGGCUCUCCACUGAAGACUAUGUCGAAGACCUUCAAACGCAAGUUGGGAGCAAGAGUCGCGGUACUUACUGAAAACUUAAGGCCGGACCCGUCAGUUGAGAAAGACUCUGACAGCAGUACCAGUGAGUCCUCUGACUCUGAUGAUGCUGACACUAUCCAGCACAAGAGUGACAUGGAAGGCGAAUCUCAGGAGAUGCCGCUGAGCGACCACUGUGAUGACGUCACUGGCACCGCUGUGAAUAGUGGGAAAGUAAGUGCUAAGGAGCCAGUAGAAGACGACGACAGAUAUUUUUCAGAGACGGCAGAGUACAUUGGACUUGGCACUAGAGGACCAGACGAACACAGAACCGAAAGCGAGGACAGCUCCGACUUCGACAAGACAGCCAACAAAUCGCCCUUUGGUUCCCCGAACUGUAAAUGUCCUUUCGAUGUAACGGGAGGUCUUGUAGUCUAUAGGGCUCAUGAAGAAUCAUGUGUCUUAGAGAAAGUCAAAUCUCUUGCCCGUACAACUAAAUCGAUCGUGCACGACACGCUGUAUGGACCACAACAAACAAGACCAGUCGCUGUGGAAGAGUCCGAAGACGUUUUUUGGCAGACACAGUCGGAUACCCUGAGUGGGGGAGAGAGAAACCAAGCAGGAAGUGACCAUAGAGACAACUUUCUUUUCAUGGGUUAUGGGGGAGGGAUACUGGGAAAAGUUGUCAAAGCAAAAGCCCACUCGGUUCAAGAAGAUGACAAUGUUGAUCUUGAUACUUUGAAUGUUGAUCAUGUGACCUAUGUACAGGACGGUGUUGAAUAUAAAAGUACCGGGACAGAUGUAGUGAGCUUGCACAAUGAUGACCACUCCGACAAAGAAAAGGCUUCUCUAAAAACUGAGUGGCUGGCCCACUACAUAGCAGAGGCUGAACAACACGAAAAAGUUUCGCAAAAUGUGUUAGAAUGUGCCGGAGAAGAUGAAAAAGAGCAUGGUUUUGAAAAGGACACUCUAACAAACACAAACAUUGAUUUUGCUGUGGGUGAGUCUCACGCGUCGGGUAGCACUUCUGUGGUAUGUGUAGAGAACCAAAUCUGUGACCCCAGCUUGCACAAGAACAAACUGGAUCAUCCUGAAACGGCUCAUUCUGGUCUUAAUUCAAACGAUCAAAACUUUGCCCUUGUUGAAAAUGUGAACGACACUGCGGUUUCUCCAACUCCAUUACCAGAAGACGAAGUCCCGGCUCCAGAGGAAACUCCAGUGUGCUGUCCAUUUCUUGACUCUGAGAAACAUUCAGUGGGCUGUCAGGACGAUCUGGAGGGGGAGAAAAGUGUGGUUGGUGAAUCUCUGGUAGGUUCUCAGGACUCGUUGAAGGAAGAACCCACUCAAGAGGAAUUGAAAAUAUGUCAGGGUUCAUUAGGGACGGAAAAUAUCUCAGGUUAUCAGAAUGAGGUAGGCGAAGAAAAACGGAUAGAAUGUGAAGACAAUGUGAGACUGGAAAGUCAAGAAUGUGAAGAUUUCAUCGAACCUUCAGGCAACAGAAAUGUCGACAAUUUUGAAAAUGCUUUAGCCAUCUCGAAAACUGAAGACGACGGAACAUUUUCUGAUUCUGUCGAUGUCCCCGAUCAUCUCACUACACCUCGCCUGAAAGAUCCUGGUUACCAAGAUCCCACGAAGCACAGCUCUGACGUAGAUACGGGCAAAGCCUCAUUCUCGCCAUUGGCAAAUCGUCAAACUACUAAAAAUACAAACUUGUAAAAAGGUUCAUAAUUGUUCACAUGAGUGGACUCAUUGUAUUACGUAGCUACUUUGUUUGCCACUGGCUAGGAAAAUUGUCUUGAUGUCGUUUAUGGGCUAAAAUUCAGAACAUUUGUUAAGCUAAGAAUGUAUGCACUUAAAGAAUUUACAACUUUGUUCCCAUGAGCAGACAGGCCAUUUGUAUUCUUGGCCCUCGCCAAUCGUUUCACCUUAAGUUUCAUUUAAUUCUUCCGUUUCUGUGGGGCCUGUCACUGCUUCCAACAACUAUUGUCAAAUCUAUAUCUGCGUAGCAACUGUUAACCUUACCUGUGCCGUGUAAACCCCUCGCGUUUCUCCUU